GCUGGAUUAAUCGAGCGUUGUUGGUGUUGCUAGAAAAUCCAAUAUGGCUGAAUAUUUUGUGUUCCUCUCUCGAUAAUAGUCGAUUUGUUGGAAAACUUAAUGUAACGAAUUAUGAAACCAUUCAAUUAUAAUUUAUGCUUGAUAUGAAUGUAAUGUGAAAGUUUUUUCCAAUUUUAACGCGAAAAAGUUGGUGAAAAGUGUAUCAGCGUGUUUACUUUGCUUGAUAAUUCAUUUAAUUGUCAGAUACAGGUUGUGGUCUACAAGAUACUUUCAAUAAGAAACCUACUUAUUAGAAAAGGCGUAAUGUGGGAAUUCUACAAAAUUGCGGUAAAUAUAUAAUUUCAACAUGACAGACACACGAAGAAGGGUGAAAUUAUACGCUUUGAAUGCUGAUAGGCAAUGGGAUGAUAGAGGGACAGGUCAUGUUUCUUCUUCCUACAUCGAGAAAUUGAAAGGUAUUUCAUUAUUAGUGAGAGCAGAGAGUGAUGGUACGUUGUUGCUGGAGUCGAAAAUUCAAUCAGAUACUGCCUACCAAAAACAACAGGAUACCUUGAUUGUUUGGUCUGAAGGAGAUAAUUUUGAUUUAGCUUUAAGUUUUCAAGAGAAAGCUGGUUGUGAUGAGAUUUGGGAGAAAAUUUGUCAAGUUCAAGGGAAAGAUCCCUCUGUUGAAAUAACACAGGAUGUAGUAGAAGAAUCAGAAGAUGAACGUUUCGAUGAAAUGUCUGAUUCUGCACCUCCAAUAGAGCUACCACCUUGUGAACUAGGUAGACUGGAAGAUAUAAAUGAAUUAUUUAAUAAUUGUAUUAGCUCUCCAAUGAGGAAAGAAAAAUUGGCAGCAGCUAUUGAAGCCGAAGGUUACAUUCGUAAACUAAUAAAUGUUUUUCAUAUGUGUGAAAGUUUGGAAAACACAGAAGGAUUACAUAAUCUAUAUGAAAUUUUCAAGAAUAUAUUCUUGCUCAACAAAAAUGCCCUAUUUGAGGUUAUGUUUUGUGAUGAGCUUAUUUUUGAUGUUGUUGGCUGUUUAGAAUAUGAUGCUUCAUGCCCAAAUAGGAAGAAACAUAGAGAAUACUUGAGGCAACAAGCUAAGUUCCGAGAAGCAAUUCCUAUAAAGAACCCCGAAUUAUUAUCCAAGAUCCAUCAGACAUUCAGAGUUCAGUAUAUUCAAGAUGUUGUUCUACCAACCCCUUCUGUAUUUGAAGAAAAUAUGCUAUCAACACUAGGUAGCUUCAUUUUCUUCAAUAAAGUAGAGAUUGUUUCAAUGGUUCAAGAGGAUGAAAAAUUCCUAACGGAGUUAUUCUCAAUGCUAACAGAUACUUCUACGUCAGAGCUGAAAAGAAGAGACCUCAUAAUGUUUUUGAGGGAACUAUGUAAUUACUCUCAAAAUUUACAACCACAUGCCAAGGAAAUGAUUUAUAAGACUUUGACCACAUUGGGUAUUUUGCCUGCAUUGGAAGUUACUUUAGCUAUGGAUGACCAAAAAACAAAAAGUGCUUCUAUUGACAUUAUAACAUACAUUUCAGAGUUUCAACCUUCUGUUGUUAGAGAAUACACUUUACAACAAGCAAAUAAUACCGAAGAGGAACAAGUGUUGUUGAACAUAAUAAUUGAACAAAUGAUUCACGAUACGGACCCUGAAGUUGGAGGAGCUGUGCAGCUAAUGGGAGUUCUAAGAAUAUUGUUAGAUCCUGAAAAUAUGUUAACAUCAGCUAAUAAGUCAGAAAAAACAGACUUCCUGAAUUUCUUCUAUAAACACAGUGUACAUUUUUUGAUAGAACCUCUAAUAGAAAAUACUGUGAAUGACACUCCACAGAAAGAAGACUUCAGAAGUGUUCAGUUAUUGGGUUUGAUUCUUGAACUGCUCUCCUUCUGUGUGGAACAUCAUACUUACCAGAUUAAGAAUUGCAUACUUCAAAGGGAUCUUCUCCGUAAAAUUCUCGUUUUAAUGAAGUCUUCUCAUAAAUUUCUUGUGUUGUGUGCGUUACGUUUUAUGCGAAAACUCAUAGCGCUGAAGGACGAGUUUUAUAAUCGGUAUAUAAUCAAAGGACAUUUGUUUGCCCCUGUUAUUGAUGCACUAGUUAAAAAUAAUGGACGUUAUAAUCUGUUAGAUUCCGCCAUUAUAGAAUUAUUUGAACACAUCAGAAUCGAAGACAUCAAGUCGUUGUGUACUCAUGUUAUUGAGAAUUAUGGAAAGUACCUGGAAGAUAUUGCUUAUGUUCAAACAUUCAAAACCCUUCAGUUGAGAUAUGAUCAACAGCAGGACAAAUUAAAGGAGCGUGAAAGGAACAGUCUCGAAAGAGGAUUGGACAUGGUUCCUUCAAUAUUGAGGAAUAGCAGGUAUCGGAGGGAUCAAAGACAAAUGGAAGAGGAAGAAGAAAUUUGGUUUAAUGAAGAAGAUGACUAUGAGGAUACCGAUCCUGACAUGCAACCCAAUGAAAUCUUCAGGAAGAAAAUAGAUACCGAUUUGGAAAAAAUAGGGAAAAUCAUAGAUAAGAAACCAGAGGCAAAUGGUGCGACAACCAAAAUGAAUAAUAAUGCUUCAACGCAAAAGACCCCAGUGAUGAAUAACAAUGCAAAUGCUAACACGACCGCUCAGUCAACUACAUCACCUUCAGGAAAUGAAAAUCGAUUAGCUCUUUUCAAGAGGAGUUUGGUUGACUAUGAAGGUGAUUCAGAUGAGGAGGAUGAUGAAUCUGGUGAAGUGGCAAAACGACCUAGAUUAUCAUAGUAGAACCAGUUUAUCAAUGGUAAGUACACCACAAACUGGAGUGUGGUGCUUCCAGUGUGAUCUCAUGUGAAGUGUUAGUAGUAACAGCGGUCAAUUUUAGAUUCAGGUCGCCCCACUUUACUAUAUAUAAGUUGUGUGUACUCUCAAAUUGACAAAAGAGAUCUUUACUCUGUCCAGAUAUCUUGUUGAGGUGGAACAAGUUCAGAUUUUUAUUGAGAUAACUAUGGGAAUAAUCAAUAAUAUUUCAUUCAAUGAGUUAUUGAUUUGGUACUUCUUGAACUAAUGGUAGAUGAAAUUUAUGUUAUUAAUUUCAACUGAUUUUUAAUAAAAUUCCUCAAACGAUAAGUGACUUAGUGAGGUCGAAAUAUGUAUGUAAAUUGUGAAGUUUGAAUGUUCUGAAGCAUUUACACAUUACAUUAUUUUGAUUUGUUAUUCUUAUCAGACUCUUUGAAUGGGCAUUCUAAUUUCUCUUUUGCAUUAACAUGAUUGUUGAAUAUUUCAAGGAGAAACAGUAAUUAUCAUAGCAAGUGUUGCUCAUAGUUUAUCUUACCGAAACUCCAUUAUGUAAAUAACCUGUAGAAACAAUAGUAUUUUCUUCCAAAUCUUUUCAAAGUUCAUAAAACUGUCUCUAUAUUUGAAAGGAAAACACUUUUUACUUUUUUUAUCAAAUAUAAUAUUCGGCCUACAUGAAUGAUCAAGAUGAAAUUUCACCUAUAUGUUAUUCAAUUUUCAGUAGGAUCAAAAUUGAGAUAACCAAUCGAACUAUCUCCUCAUUUCCACAGCCUUUAAGAGAAUUCUAUGAAUUUCCAUAUUUAUCUUGAUGAAAUAACCUGAAUUUCCAACACAGCCAUUUCAUUUUCACUAUAUAGUUUGUUCAUCCACUUAUAUUGGUGUGUAUAUUUUGUAAGUUAGCGGUCUUUCAGAAUGCUAUAGAAGCACAAUUUUUUACAACAAGAUGCUUCCUUUUGUAUAAAAUGAAUAUUUUCAACUGUAAAAUUUCCUUGUCCAAUUGUAAUUGUUACGGGCAGGUUAUUAUACAAAGUGAAUGUUGUGAAAUUUUCAGAAAUUGUUGUUAAAUCCAUCUCUAUUUCAUGAAUGUUUAGAUAUGAAAACUCCCAUUUUAUUGUGUAAAUAUACCUUUUCCUCUUUUAACCAGGGAUGGACUUGAUGAUGUAUGAUGUGAAAUAAGUCUGUUGUACAUUGUAAUUCUUUGUAUAAAAUAAUAUUGAAUAUCACAAUUCUUUGCCCUAUUGCCUAUUGAAAAUUGCCUAGUUUUCAGACAAAAAUUUUUGUACUCCUGUUAUAUUUUUCAAUCUGAACCUAAAAAUCUCCUUUUAUAUCAUUGAGAGAAGGUUUAUUAUGAGCUAUAUUUUGAAUCAUCGAUAUAUUUUAUUUUUUGACAGAAUAAAAGAAUUUUUCGAACAAGAUUUGUUUCAAAAACUUGUUUUUGAAUUUUUUUAUGACAAUGUAAAUUAUUUCAUUAAUAGUCUUAGUGCAGAAUAGAAUGCUAUUGCUGCUAUAACUUUCUUGCGCCUUGAUAACGAUCGAUUUCAAAACAAUUCAAAUGGUAAAUGUGAAUAAAACAAUUUUCAGUAUGACUCAUAGCUAUAUUCAUUUUGGUGUUCAGUAAACUGUCAUUUCCACCCUUGGUCGUCUAAUUCGUUUGCACCAACAAUGUUUUCGAUGAUUCCUUUGGCUGUAAGCCACAUCUAUUCAUUAAUCGAUGUUUCGGGCUCAUUCUUCAGGCCUUCUUCAGGCUAAAAGCAACAAAGAAUUUAAAUAUAAGUCAAAAUUCCAGGUCAGCAAAAACAAACAUCCAAAGAAAUAAUUCAUUUUGUAGAAUAAAAAACAAUAUUCGAAUGAAUUGAGCUUUUUUUCCAAAAAGAACCAUAAUCAAGAGUUAUUAUAAAAUUAAAAUGGAAUAUAAAUACGGCUAUACAUAUAUAUCUACCAAAAGGGAUUAAAUAAAGUAGUUGGAUAGAAACCUUCAUCUAAAGAACUACUUUCUUAGGAAUAAAAUCGGAAGACUUUCGAAAAGGCAGAAAUUAUACAUUGAUGUAAUCAUUGUACGAAUAAGCGGACAAGUCAGCAAUAAAGAACUGACAGAAUCGAGGAAGGACCGCACACAAAAAAGAAUACCCAAAUAUACUUUUAUCAUACAGUAGGGGAAAUAUGAUAUCAUGUACAUUAGGAUAUUAUUUAAUCAUUUAUUAUCAUUCCAAUACGCAUUAUUUAAAAACCAAUAUUCCUACUGAAAUUCACAGUUACAACGAAAUGAUUUUCAUCAAGAAAUCCACCGUCCACAGACGGUAAGUUCACUAAGUUCAAAUGCUGUUUAUUCUGAAGUUUCAGAUAUUUUAGAGUGUAUUUGUUUUUGUUGACCAGUGAUUGUUAUCCUUAUAUCUACAUUUCCUCAAAUCUGUUUAUUUUUUGUUAUUUCGUUGUUUUUCAGCCUGAAGAAGGCUCAACAAAAGAGCCGAGGCUCUGAUGAAAAUAUAUAUUAUACAUUAUGUUCCUUAGACAGAAACUAGAGUUUUUGUUCAUUCCUUCAGCUGUGCAUGAACUUUUGUGCAUCUGCCAAAUACGAUUAUUGCAAUUAUUCUUUUUAGCAGAUUGAAAAUCUUUCAUAAUUUUUAUAAUUUGAGGGAAAACCUAGUUCGAUAUCUUUUCAAUGUGCGUUUUAAAUUCAAGGUGGUGAAAUAUUAUUGCACUUCCUUAUAGAGGCACUGAAAAUAGCGACUUUUUCAGGACCGCAUGCUGGACCACAGCCUAGGAAAUUCACAUCCAGUGUAAAUUUGAAUUGUGAUAUUCCGCAAAUAAAAUUAAUUGUUUAAAUUACAAUGUACAAAUGAACUAAUUUAUAUAAAUGGUCAACCUUGAAAAUAUGUACGACUUUUCAGAGAAAAAAUGUGAAAAUUAUAUUGUAGAUUAAGAUAACUUAGUAUCUAAUAGUAGGUAGUAGAGUCAAAUAUAUAUCCUCUGAGAUGAGUGUAGUGUCAUUGGAGUGCUUAGAAUAUAAAUUGAUACUUCGUACUGUUGGUUUUGUUUUUAUUUUCAGAUAUUUUUUGUCAGUUCGUUUUUGUGAUAAUAAUGAAUAAUUUUUUAAUUAUUAAUUUAUUAUAUAUGUGAGGUAACAUUUACUUUGAAAAUGACCAUUUUUAUAUAAAGGAAGUUAAUUGAUUUUGGUAGAUGGGAAGGCAGUAUGAAGUGCUACAAUAAUUGUAGUAUGCAUAGCUAUUUUUCUUAAUGAUUUUGUACAUAGACCAUCGAAUAAAUUAAUUUUAUUUAA